AACACCUACUGGCUUUCACUCCUGGCUUUCACUACUGGCUUUCACCACUGUGUCCACCAUCUAGGAUUUCCUACUGCUUUGUAUGGUCCAUAUGGGCGGAUGGUCCACGCUACGAAUAUGGUGCUCCGGGAAACCUCGCAGCAGCCUUGCGUUCGCUCGUUCGGCGCCAUAUUCUCAGUCGUCGAAUCUGUGUCAGAAGUACUACACUGCAGAUGAAGACAAGCUCAUUAUGAAGAUGUCGCAGGAAGGAGCCGACUUCUCGACUAUUGCCACGGAGCUGAACAGGACGCCAGAAAGCGUGCGGGCUCGCUACUCGAGAUACCUGCGAGGCACACUACCAGCCACCAAAUACCAUGUCUUCACCCAAGGCGACGACGACAUUAUCAUUCAAAGAAAAUGCCAGCGUGUACCCUUAGCAUCAAUCGCCCGCGAACUCAAUUGUCCCCUUAUCCCUCUUAGAAAUCGCUGGUAUUCAGUAUUGCGAUUCCAAUCAGAGUCGCUGCCAGGAAAAGAUGGAGUGCCGCCUCUCAGACUGCCCAGUGGCCUGAAUUUUACGGAAGCACGUGAAUUGAUUGUGCAACGCAUACAGGAAGGACAUACCAGGGAGUCUAUCGCGAAGGAACUGAAGUGCUCAAUUGGUGUAGUGGGCCCUAUAUACGCCUCUGUUUAUCGGCCGCGUAAUGCGAACCGCUCGAAAACUUACUCCGAUCAAGAAAUAGAAUUGAUCAAGCGCCGUAGGUCUGCGGGUGCAUCGAUAGUGGCUGUCGCGCAUGAACUGGGUCGCUCACCUUGGAGCCUGAACAGUUUUCUGUGCUACCUCAGGGCCACUGGGGGCCUACCUAACUCUAUGAAGCGCUUCACACCAGCCGAAAACAAGCAAAUUCUCGAACUGUGCGCCAAGAACACAUCUUUCGAGGCGAUUGGUGAAAUGCUGGGGCGGUCAGCCAUUUCCAUUCGUAGUCAUUAUCAGCGCUUGCGUCAAAACGUUGCACCAUCAGCGCGACCUUCGCGACGGGCCCGUUGGACUUCAGCAGAAGUGGACGAAAUGUUGAGGCAGUAUGAUACAGGCGUUGCAGUGAAGCAAAUAGCCCGGAGUUUUGGCAGAUAUCCUGGCAACACCAUUAUGAAAUUGAACUUUGAGCUCUUUCGUCGAGGACGUCCCCCCAUAGGAAUUUCGAGCCCACCUUCUCAACAUGCCAAUCUGGAUGUGGACACCACCGAUACUGUGGAAACUGAACCUGAGCGGGAGAGCAAUCUUGCUGAAAAGUCUGCUACGGUCGCGAAUGCGGAUCAGAAUUCUCGUACGGACUCCACAUGAGACCGAGGGCGGCAAAAGGCAAUGUCUCAAGGAAUGAAUGAAUGAUAUAGGAACUCUGUAGCACUGCAAGAG